AAAAUUAACCAAUGAAAUCGUUGUAAUCAUGAGACAACUACGAGGGUCAUUCAAUGCUCACCGCGGAAAAAUUUUUAGUUGAAAAGAAGAAUUGAAAGGGAUAAGUUGUGUAAAUGUUUUGAUGCGGAUAUUUUUUCUAAUUUUUACAUAAUUUACUUUAAAGGAACUUAAAUCUCCAAAAUGACUCAAGUUCAUGUGAGUAAAGAGAUUUUGAGUCGGUAUAUGGACUUGGAGGAGAAGGGUCGAGUAAUGUGUGAAUAUUUGUGGAUAGAUGGCACUGGUGAAGGCAUCAGGAGUAAAUGUCGUACCAUGGAAUCCGAACCAAAGGAACCCAAAGAAUGUCCAGUAUGGAACUAUGAUGGUUCAAGUACUUAUCAAGCUGAAGGCUCAAAUUCAGACAUGUACUUAAACCCUGUGGCAAUCUUCAAAGAUCCUUUUAGAAGGGGACCACACAAAUUGGUGUUGUGCGAUGUACUCAAGUAUAACAAAAAGCCAGCAGAAAGUAACAAAAGGCAUACCUGUGCUCAGGUUAUGGAACAGGCUAAAGAUACCCAUCCGUGGUUUGGUAUUGAACAAGAAUAUACAUUGUUAGAUGUUGACGGACAUCCAUAUGGUUGGCCUAAAAAUGGAUUUCCUGGUCCACAAGGUCCAUACUACUGUGGUGUUGGUGCUAAUAAGGUAUAUGGUCGUGAUAUUGUUGAGGCACAUUACAGAGCCUGUCUUUAUGCUGGCGUUAAGAUUGCAGGAUGUAAUGCUGAAGUAAUGCCUGCCCAAUGGGAGUUCCAGGUCGGACCAUGUGAGGGUAUUGAUAUGGGAGACCAUUUGUGGGUAGGAAGAUAUUUGUUGCACCGUGUGGCAGAAGAAUUUGGUGUUGUUGUCACUUUAGACCCCAAACCAAUUGAAGGAGACUGGAAUGGUGCAGGUGCUCAUUGUAACUACAGUACUCAAGCAAUGAGAGAUCCUGAAGGAAUUAAGGUCAUUGAGGUUGCCAUUGAAAGACUUUCUAAACAUCAUGUUCGUCACAUCAAAGCUUAUGAUCCUAAAGAAGGCAAAGAUAACGAACGCCGUCUGACAGGUUUCCAUGAAACCUCGAGUAUACAUGACUUUUCUGCUGGUGUAGCAAAUCGCGGUGCAAGUAUAAGAAUUCCACGUCAAGUAGCUGAAGAAGGCUGUGGAUAUUUGGAAGAUAGACGUCCAUCGUCUAAUUGUGAUCCAUAUGCCGUUACAGAAGUUAUUGUUCGGACUACUGUUUUAGAUGUUUAGAUUAUAAAAUUGAACAUUACACAAUUGGGGUACAUCACCUUAUAAAAUUCAUCAUUUCAUUAAAUUGUAACAUUAUUUAAGGUACAAACUUUUAAUUGUAUAUUUAAAAUCAUUCACUGUACCUCCGAACAUAUUUACUGUAUGGUUGUAUUUUGAUGAAUUGGGAUAAUAGAAUGUAAAAAGUUACCCAUAGAGUAAUUCAAACAUUUAUCUAUUCAAAUUAUCACUACGCUAAAAUGACAUCCUCAUCAACAUCUUGGAAUAUUUACCUAGGAUAUAAAGAAUGGAAUAUGUGCUAUAUGGAUUUUGAUAUAGAAAGAAUACACCUUUUUCUAAGAGAUUGUACAGCCAUUCUUUUAUAGAUAUAUAUAUAUGGGUAGUUCGAUAAUUAAUUGUUUUAUAUGAAUAAUUGAUUUUUGGUACAAGAUGUCACCAGUUCUAGAUAGAAUUAUUAUUUGCUUUGUACAAAUAAGAUAAAUUUAAGCUAUCAUUAUCACAGUAAACAGAUCAAUAUCUAGAAAAGUUCAUCUUGUAAACUUGGUUCAUUGUUGCUAAGAGCUUUCAAAUUCGAUCUUGUAUUUCUGUUUGACUUUCAAACUUCCAUUAUAUAGGGCACCAACAUUGCAUGUGGAUUUUGUCAUGGUUACCUGCUAAAUAUAAAAGGAAAUUAAUUUUAUAAGUAUACAUGUAGAUCUAGAAGUUGAAGGAUGAGAGAAAAGAAAUUGCAUGGUCGCUUAAAAAAGUGGUCACAGGGUACUUAAAAGUUUGACCAAUCCAUGGCUGUAUUAACCAUUUAUGAGUGCUCAUGACCACAUCAAGUCAAGGUCAUUUAAAACUUCCAUCAAGUUUAUAUGCUAUGUAUUUUCCUUUACAGUUGAGCAAUAGACCUAAUUCUACUAUGACCGUGUUUGUCUAUUCAAUUUUGAUGGAUGUAUUGUUUCUCUUUGCCUAAGGGAAGAGUUCAUAUAAAAGGUGAAGGUCAUUAUGAUUGACAAUAAUAUAUAUGUUGAUGACAGUUCAAGAAGUAGGACACUCGAAUUGUAUUUGUAAAUAAUAGGAAAUCCUUGUACAUGUACUUGCCACUAUACUAAGUGUCAUAAGUAAAACAUUGUAAUAUUUAAUUGUUGAUAAAUGCUAUUUUUAUUACUGUAAAACAGCAGACGAUUGUGAUAAAUUGAAUCUCUAUGAAAAUGUUAAUAAAAUUAUUAAAAAGAAA